CGGCCCUCCUCGUGGCCCGCGCCCCCCGCCUCCGAGCAGCCCGAGCUCCCACGGCCCUCCUCCUCGCCCUCCGAGUCCGAGUCCUCGCCGUGGAUGAGGCGCACCAGCCCGAAGUGCACCGAGCCGCGGUGCGGAGGGACCCUCCUCGUCACAGGGGCCACUUCUGAAGCUGGGGACCCCCUGGGUGGCAGCCGCAUCCAGGAUGUCCAUGCUGAGCGUCCACUGCCUGAAGCCCUCGGCUCUGCACCUGCCGUCUGGCAUCCCAGGGUUCCUAGGCCGCCAGCGGCGCCACACGCUCCCCGCCAACGAGUUUCGCUGCCUCACCCCAGAGGACGCUGCCGGCGUGUUUGAGAUUGAGCGAGAGGCCUUCGUCUCUGUCUCCGGCAACUGCCCCCUGAAUCUGGGUGAGGUCCGGUACUUCCUGACCCUGUGUCCCGAGCUGUCCCUGGGCUGGUUCGUGGAGGGCCGCCUUGUGGCCUUCAUCAUCGGCUCCCUGUGGGACGAGGAGAGACUUACUCAGGAGUCGCUGACGCUGCACAGGCCCGGGGGGCGCACCGCCCACCUGCACGUGCUGGCCGUGCACCACACCUUCCGGCGGCAGGGCAAGGGCUCCGUCCUGCUCUGGCGCUACCUGCACCACGUGGGCGGCCAGCCGGCCGUGCGCCGGGCCAUGCUCAUGUGCGAGGACGCGCUGGUGCCCUUCUACCAGAGGUUCGGCUUCCAUACCGUGGGCCUAUGUGCCAUCGUCGUGGGCUCGCUGACCUUCACGGAGAUGCACUGCUCCCUGCAGGGCCACGCCGCCCUGCGCCGGAACAGUGACCGCUGA